CUUCAUUACCCACAAUGCCGAGCUCCAAACAACACGUGUUGCCAUCAUGGCAGCCUCCGGUAUGUCUGGUGAAUCUAGCAGCAGUGAAGAUGAAGCGCUCGAAAAAUGUAAGGAAGCUGUUUGGAACAUAAAAGGAGACAAGAUAGCAGAUGGGGAGAGUAACGGCAAACAGUCACGACGUUUGGUUGUAUCUGACCACGAACACGAUGGCAAUGAACUCAAGGUGACCCCGGAGUUUCGGGCACAUGUCGCCAAAAAGCUGGAACAGUUACUUGACAGUUGCUUUUCAGAGACGCCGGCCAAAAUCUCAUCUCACGCAGAAUCAGCAAAGUGUGCUGAUAACGACGAUGGAUUUCGUCUUUUUACGACUUCAGUCCCAGGACAGAGAGUCUAUGAUCCCCCGCCCCCUGUGAGACGUCGGCCGAUUCCCAGCUCAAGUGACGACAGUGAUAUGGACAUGAGGCUAAGGGAGGCGGCAGUGUCGCUCAGGGACCUCCUGCCCCCAUCGUCACCACCAGCUAUGCGCUCAGCUCCACCACCGGAGGCUCGCUGCUCAGAGAAAAGAAAGAAGAAGAAAGAAAAGAGACAAGCAGCAGCAGAAGAAGAAGAAAAAGAAGGAGACGAGACCCCGGCUGCCAAGAAGAAAAGGAAACCACCUCAGGAAGAGAGUGGGGGGCUAAAGGGUAAACUGGAGGAGAGACGUGAUGAAGAAUCAGGAGAGGAGAGCCUUGUUCCCAGGAAAAAGAAGAAAAAAAAGAAAGUAAAUCAAAAUGAAAACGAACAGGAGAUGGGGAGGUUUGACUCUGACUCCAACACUGAGCAUGGAGACCCAGAGGAGGGCCGACUGAAAGUAAAACAUAAAAAGAGAAAAAAACGAAAAGCUGCAGAGGGAAACACAGAGUGAUAAACCCUGAACCAAGACUACAUCGUUCUGG